AGUAUUUUAAGUCAGUAUAUUGUGGUAGUUAAGAAAAACCAUACAUUUUCCAGAUGUGGUGGGAGUAGAAGGCGCCAUCAUGAGAGUGAACAUCCACCACAACAAAGACUGAAAGUUUCAGCACAGAUAGCCCAAGAGCCAUGACAUCUACCUAAGGCUGUUGGACAAGCUAUACAGGUCUCUGGCCAGAGGAAGCAACUUCACCUUCAACCAAGUGGUGCUGAAGGGGUUGUUCAUGAGUUGCACCAACCAACCACCUCUGUCCCUUUUCCAGAUGAUCCGGAAGAUGAAGCUUCCCAGUAGGGAGGGUAAAACCACUGAGGUUGUAGGGACUAUAACCUAUGUGCACGUCCAGGAGGUACCCAGACUGAAGGUUUGUGCACUUCAUGUGAGCAGCCACAUUCUCCAGGCCGAGGGCAAGAUCCUCACCUUCAGUCUGCUGGCCCUGGACUCCCCCAAGGGCUAUGACACCAUCUUGCUUUCUGGUCCUCAGAAGGGCCAAGAUAUGUAUGGGCAUUUUGGCAAGACCCCAGUAGCCCCUCACAGCCACAUCAAACCCUGCCUACAUCCCAGAGCUGGAUGUUUGAGCACAUAAGAGGCCAGUGGGCCCACCAUGUCUAUAAAAACUAACUCCAGAUACUACCUUGUUACUAAAAAGAUUUUCUUUGCCCUUGGCUAGUGUGGCUCAGUUGGUUGGAGCAUCAUUCAGUAGACCAAGGGUCACGGGUUUGAUUCCUGGUCAGGGCACAUACCCAGUUGCAGGUUUUAUCCCUAAUUAGGGCCCCUAUGAGAGAGAACCAAUUGAUGCUUCUCACAUUGAUGCUUCUCACUCUGUCUCUCCCUUCCUCUCAC